AUGGCUCAUACAGAAGAUUGUUCCACUGUGCUGGAACAGUUCAUUCAUGAUGUCGCGAACCUACCCGCGGAGAUCACUCAUUUGAUGGAAGAGAUCCAAGCCAAGGAUAAGAUAAUGCAAGAUUGUCGCGCUACGAUAAAUUCUCGUGACAUGAGCCUACAGAAAUUCAUCAGACAAAAUGGUAGCCAUGCACCGAACCCCAAGGAAGACAGCUACAGCAGAAUCAUAUUACAGAAUCUGGAUCGGAGCCAGGUACUACAGGAUGAAAAGAUCCUUCUGAGUGAGAAGGCGUGCGUGUUACUCGAUCGCCAAAUCAAGAAAUUAGACUUGAAGAUCAGAGAGCUGCAAAACGAUGGAGUCCUAUCGAAAGACCCGCCCAUCCCUUCCCUCUUCCGAAAUAAGGACCAAUAUUGCGAGCCACAAAAACCAUUGUUUCCUGAAUCCGCGUCCGCAGAAACACCAUACGCCUCGCCCUUAAACCCAACUUCUGGAAAUUCAACAGGGCAAUACGGACAGUCACAAAGACUAAACAGCGUCGCUGGUCGUUCGUCAUCUAGCGCCGGCCUCGCCGCGUCGCAGACCAUCGCGCGAAAUUCCGCACCAGCCACCCCUGCCUCUGCUGCGUUGCAUCUCCAACACCGCCAUCGGGAAUCCUCCGCCGGGGCUGCGGACAACAAACGUAGACGUCUAAAUUCAUCAGUCGGCACGCUCCCUGCAGCUUCGUCGAACCUACGCCAAUCAUCCCUUGGGCCUGGCACACCCAAACCCGGAACCCCAGGGGCUUCCCGUGCAGGUAGUGCAGGACCUCGCACCACAACAGCCGUGAAAAAACCUCCAUCAAAGAAAGUAGCCCCGCACCAACAGCAGGCGCGACGGAAAUCCUCCGCAAUCGGAAAAUCCACAAAGCGCUCCUCCAGUGGGAACGGUCGGUUAAAAUCCCUUCCGGGGAACGUUGCUGCAUCUGCAGCUACGUCAAGGAAGAAAUCUCCUUCGUCUGUUACAGGCUUGGCGGAGGAGGAAGAGGAUGAAUCUGUCCUUAGCAGCGCCGAGGUUUCGGAAACGGAGAAUAACCCGCCACUGUCGAAGCGGAGUGGAGGCGCGGCCCGGGCGGCCGAUGGGGAAUCAGAGGAGGAAGGGGAAUCAGAGGAGGAAGAUGAGGGCGGGGAGGAUAUGAAGACUUAUUGUACGUGUCGCAGUGUUAGUCAUGGGGAUAUGGUGGCGUGUGAUAAUGAAGAUUGUCCGUAUGAGUGGUUUCAUUGGAAGUGUGUCGGGUUGACGAGGGAGCCGUUGGGGACUUGGUAUUGUGAGGAGUGUAGGAAGAAUUUGGGGAAGUAA